AUGGCAGGCGGUGAUUCAAAGAAGAUGAUUGUUCUUGUAACAGGUGGCACAGGAUUGGUGGGGAAGGCAAUUGAGAAGAUUGUGAACAUGGAGCAACAUGGCGAUGAGAAAUGGAUCUUUAUUGGAAGUAAAGACUGCGAUCUUUGCGAUCUACAAUCCACUAGGUUUUUGUUCGAGGAUGUGAGGCCUACUCAUGUCAUCCAUUUGGCUGCAAUGGUCGGCGGUCUCUUCCACAAUCUCGCGCAUAAUCUGGAGUUCUUCAGAAAAAAUAUGGCGAUGAAUGACAACGUGUUGGCAAUGUGCAAUGAGUUUGACGUCGUCAAAUGUGUCUCUUGUCUAUCGACGUGCAUAUUCCCCGAUUCAGUGACAUAUCCAAUUAACGAAACAAUGAUUCAUCUCGGACCCCCGCACGAUUCAAAUUUUGGUUAUUCUUAUGCCAAGAGAAUGAUUGACAUAUUGAAUCGUGGUUAUUCUCAAGAUUGUGGAAGAAAGUUUACAUCAGUGAUCCCAUGUAAUGUCUUUGGUCCUCAUGACAAUUAUAAUCUCCAAUCCGCACAUGUUCUUCCUGCUUUAAUUCACAAGACUUUUAUGGCUAAGAAAGAAGACAAGCCACUUAUUGUUUUCGGAACUGGUCGUCCACUUCGUCAGUUUAUCUACUCUCUUGACCUGGCGCAUUUGUUUAUUUGGGUAUUGAGAGAAUACGAGGAAGUCGAUCCAAUUAUCUUGUCGGUCUCAGAAGAGGACGAAGUAACAAUUGCUGAUGUAGUGGAUGCAAUCGUGAAGGCAUUCGAUUUUAAGGGAGAAGUGAAAUUCGAUGUUUCGAAAGCCGACGGUCAAAUGAAGAAAACUGCUUCAAACGCCAAACUGAAACGUUACUUGCCUGAUUUCCGCUUCACCCCAUUUGAGGAAGCUAUCAAGGCAUCUGUGGAGUGGUUCGUCGAAAAUCAUGCGUCAGCUCGGCUAUAA